UCUGAAGCACAUCGAAGUAAACAGAGCGUAUUAACAAUGAUUCUAUGGGAGAUGUGCAAGCGCACGUCUCAGUAUUCCCUUGACAUCGGUAUAGUGCGUUCCAAGUGUCAGCACGAUGGAAAACUUGAUCCCAUCCAUCCCACAGAUGGGUACAGUGCCGAAGCAAAUGGUUGAGAGGUAUGCAGAAUAUCCCGCAACGCACGAUCAUCAACAUUUUUACUAUACAUAUGACCCAGCACCACAUUCCCACGGACACGCAUCCUCUUCCAAACAUGUUGGUGGCGGGUAUAAGAAAAGCAACGCGGCAAUGUCAGCGCUGACACUUUUAGCAUUUUUGUUUUAUUUACACAUCCUGCAACAAUGUCUUAAAGAUCACAUGACCGCAAUGAGCACCCCGCAAGUAAUGAUCAUGUCGAGCGGAAAAGAGGGAGACGAAAAUAUUGGUAAAAUAACGCGUAUAAAAACGGACAAAUCCGGAAUGACAAAUACCGAGGCUGACACCGUAGAAGUAAACAAGGCAGCCGAUAUCAUCCAAACUUCGAACGAUCAUGAUGAAUAUUUAAUGAAAGUAAAAACUUCGGACCACGAACCGCAAGGCAGCGCGCAGAAAUUUAAAAAUAAUUAUCAAUACGAUUACAAGACCUCAGGGUUCGUUAGUGCUUUUGAUAAAAAGUAAACGCGUUCUUUGGUGAAGGAUAAAGAAGUAAAACAAAAUGUAGUUACUUUAAGUUUAUUUAACGUACCAAAUUGUAAGAUUAUAAAGACCAUAACACGA